UGAGGAGUUCUCUCAGACACUGUUAUGCACAUCCACAGUGCGCUAUGCACUCUUAUGUGGGGCUCUUGACGUAUUCAUCAUCGAGACUGAUUAUUGGGAAGGAAAAAGGAUAAAGGAUGGGGGGGUAUAAGGACGGAACGUUACAGUAUACUAUUGUUGGGCCUCGAAUGGAGUUUUUAGAUAUCGUACCAGAGUGGCCCAGUAGCGAGCAUGAUAAUAGAAUCUUCCAAAAUUCAAGAAUCUGUAUGAAAUAUGCUAAUGCUGAGCGCAAUGGUAUAUUGGUAGGGGAUGCUGGAUAUCCAUGUCUACCUUUUUUAUUAACACCGAUUGCAAAUCCUAUAACCGAUGAACAGAUGUGCUACAAUAAUAUACAUGGUAGAACAAGACGUAUCGUAGAAAGGACUUAUGAUGUUUGGAAACGGCGAUUUCCUUGCUUAGCACGAGGACUAACAGCUAAACUUCUCUGUUCAACAACAAUCGUUGUGGCCUGUGCUGUGUUGCAUAACAUGUCAUUGAUAUUUAGCGACAUAUUACCAGAAGAUGAUGAAUCUUUUGUGGAAGAGGAAGAACCCAAUAAUCAACCUCAUUGGCAACCUAUGGAUGGUUUUGCUGCUUAUGACACCAUGAUUGAACGUUUAUUUCAUUGAGCAUAAGUAUCAUAAAGGUUGUGACUUUAAAUAAGAUCUCUCAAAUUGUAAAUUGUAAUCAAU